CAAAGCGCAUGCGCCGAUUGUCUGGUCGCUGCUCUCCACUUUCGUUUUGCUGUCCGGUCUUGUAACCGUCUUUUGGUCUUUCUUAUUUCUUGCGCUUAUAGAUUCUUCAUAUUAUCUCGAAGGAAUGUAAUAUUUUCUUAAUAUAGAUAAAGCAGCAGCAACUAUCGUCUGUCAAAUAGAGCUAGAAUAGUUUUAUGUUAUAAGAGAAGAACUACAACUACGAUACUGCAAGUUUUCGGAAGUUACGGUGAUAGUAGCCAGCUAUCGUUCUGGCUGUGUGUGGACUGCCAAUGGCGUGUGCAGAGACACCAGAUUACAGAGUAGGAGAGGUCCUGCUGAAUAGAGUGAUGCAGGAGCAGCUGGAUGAGUUGCCAUCAGACGUCCCGGUAGUGGUCUCCACAAAAGCCCAGGAGGUGGAGAGUGAUCAGGAGCAGAAGAUUGUGUCACAGCUAGCUGUGAUGAUACGGACCAUCGGAGACGCCGUCAAGAAGGACGGGAAGCUGGAUGAUGUGAUAGAUGGAAUGGUGGGGAAAAUGACCAGCCAGACCAGCUACUGGAAGUUGGUAGAAAAGGUAUUUGAGGACAGUCAAAUCACCUGGGAGAGAAUUGCUGUGCUGUUUUACGUAGCAGGGAGGAUAGCCGUCAAGGUGGUGAUUGCUAACAUCCCCCAGUUAGUGAAGGACAUACUGAAGUGGACUCUGGACUACUUCAGAAGAGAAUUACUGGAUUGGAUCCAGAAACAUGGAGGAUGGAUGAACAGUUUUGCUGAGCUGGCACGUGUGCAGGUGGAGAAGAUGUCCCCUAUGAGCACCUGGUCCUCAGCGUUCCUCCUGGUCUUCCUCGGAGGUGUCAUAAUGGGUAGUGUUAUCACCUGGAAACUGGCCAGGAGGACCUGACACACACACCCACACACAGUUCCACUCCGGUUCAAACGCAAUUGUGUGACAUGACACGCAAACACGUGGGCGUGCACACACACACACACAAAUACAUUUGUUUACGUAGUCUAUGUAAUAUUAGUUACCUACCUCCUGGUUUGCUCAGGAUAAAUAAGAUGACCAGAUGCUGCUGAAAGUGGUGUUGGAGAGCCAGUAGGAGCCAAUCUUUUCUCUGGUAAAAACAAAAAAGAAGAAAAAAAAGAGAUCCCAGUGCAAAGAUUGGGGGCAUUCCCCCGUGUAGGGUGCUGUCUUUUGGAUUUGGACAUUAAAACAUGUCCUGACUCUCUGUGGUCAGUAAAGAUCCCAUGGCACAUAUUGUAAGAGUAGGGGUGUUAACCCUGAUGUCCUGGCUAAAUUCCCAA